AUGAAACAGGGGGCAAGCUCUAAUAGUAAAAGGUUUGGGUCCAAGGCGAAUCCUUCGUCAAAGCGUGGCAAGGUGAAAAAGAUGAGGAAGUCAUCACUAUCGCGAGUUCAAAGGAACUUUUCAGUGUUUCAUAACUCCUCAGAACACGAAAAUAAGUAUGCCAAUUUAUCUGUUGUUAAUUCAGACGGUGAGGAAGUCAUACUGAUAGAAGAUGAUGAGGUAAAUGAUGAUGAGUCAGGUGUGAUGCAGGAGAUAGAUCUUGGUGAGGAUGAAGAUAGUAAUGAGGAGUACGACGAAGAUGGGUCGAGCAAGUCGAGUUAUGAAAAUGCUGGGAAAUCCAGUGGUAACGCAUUAGAUAAGAACGAUGACUUUAUUGGAUUUAGUUCGAGUGACGAAGAGCACGGGGCUAAUGGAGAGCAUCAAAGUUCAGAUACUAGCUCUUCGUAUGAAGAAGAAACUACCGAACAGGAAGUAAGUGCUCCUAAGGUUAUGCAAUUAAACAAUGAUUAUCCUUGGAUUUUGAACCAUGAUCAUUCAAAGCAGAAGGAAAUCGCUGAUUGGUUAACAUUGGAAAUUAAAGAUUUUGUAUCAUACAUAUCCCCGAACAGGGAAGAAAUUCGAAAACGCAACGAUGCAAUCACAAAGAUAAGGAAGGCGGUGAAGAGUUUCUGGCCAGAUUCAGAUCUACACUGCUUUGGUUCUUAUGCCACUGAUCUCUAUCUACCUGGAUCCGAUAUCGAUUGUGUUGUUAAUAGCAAGUCUGGAGAUAAGGAUAAUAAGAAUGCAUUGUACUCUUUUGCAUCAUAUUUAAGAAAAAAUGGGUUGGCAUCCCAGGUUAGUGUUAUAGCGAAAGCUAGAGUGCCAAUUAUCAAAUUUGUUGAGCCAGUUUCUCAAAUACACAUUGAUGUUUCCUUCGAGAGAACUAAUGGUGUUGAUGCUGCUAAGAUAAUACGAGGAUGGCUAGGUGAUACCCCGGGUCUGCGUGAGUUAGUUUUAACAAUAAAACAGUUUCUUUACGCACGGAGAUUAAAUGAUGUGCAUAUCGGUGGUCUUGGUGGAUUCAGUAUUAUUUGUUUGACUUAUUCCUUCUUGAAGUUACACCCACGUAUAAUCUGUCAAGAUGUAGACCCGUUGCAAAACCUAGGGGUGCUCUUGAUCGAUUUCUUUGAGCUUUAUGGGAAAAAUUUUGGAUAUGAUGAUGUUGGGAUCGCCGUAAGCGCAGAUGAUGCUAAAUAUAUCAACAAGAAGGAUUACCCAGAACUAACACAGAACCUUCGAGGUUCGUUCAACCUGGUAAUACAAGAUCCAGGUGAUCCGUGUAACAAUAUCAGUCGAGGCACGUUUAAUGUGCGAGACAUAAAAAAGGCUUUUGCGGGUGCAUUCGAUCUGUUAGCGAAUAAAUGUUUUGAACUGGAUGCAGCAACCUUCAAGGUUCGACUUGGGAAAAGCAUAUUAGGAAACGUCAUAAAGUAUCGGGGAGCAAGGAGAGAUUUUAAGGAUGAAAGGGGCUUGGUUGUGAAUAAAGCUAUUCAAGAAAACGAGGAGUUCCAUCAGAAACGGGGGAGGAUUGUACUCUCCAGGGAUGAUGACGAAUUCAUCAACAUUAGUGACGAGGAGGACAUGUAUGAUAUAGAAGAACCGCCUAAAAAGAAAUCGAAGAAGAAUACCUCUAAUGUAGCGAAAUCUAAAGACAGAAAGGCUAGGCAACCUCCGGUGCUGCCUCCGUACACAGUACACACGGGGCAAAAUAUCAAAUAUGAAUCUAGUGAUGACUACGACCCCACUGGUAAUGAUUUAGUUGUCAUAGAGUCCCGUGGGGCGGAUGUCAAUGCUCACAGCUCAGCAAAACAAAAUGCUUCUUCCCGUUCUGAGGGUCAAAUAGACAAGUUGAUGGGACUCGAUGAUACUGAAGACAAAGACGACUACCAACCCGUUUUAGCCAAUAACCACAGCGACGGUGCUCAGGAGGACGAUGACCAAGAAGACUACGUUCCUAAGGUGGACAAGGAAACGAAGCGUAACUACUGGCUUGGAAAAGGCCAGUCGAUGUAA